AGCGCGAUGGAGACGCCUUUCUACCACGAGGACCCCCCCGCUGUCUCCGGCUACAGACACUUCGCUGAGUUCCAGCGUUUCCCAGGAAACAAGAUGCUGAUGAGUAAGAAGUCAGCGGCGGGCAGUCAUCACUUCCCCGGCGGUGGCGCCACAGGAGGGAGGGGGGGGAACAGCUGCCUGAUGGCGGCGUCUCCGGGGGACGUGAACCUGCUGCAGCUGGCGGCGCCCGACCUGGAGCACCUGAUCAUUCAGACCAAUCAGGGACUGGUCACAACCAGCCCCGCCUCCAGCUCCACCAACCCCUUCAUCUACCGCAGCCAGGCUACCAACGAACAAGAAGGAUUCGCCGACGGCUUCGUGAAGGCGCUGGCUGACCUUCACAAGCAGAACCAGCUGGUGGGAGGCGGCCCAAUGUCCCCGUCCUCGCCCUGCUCCGCCUCCCUGCAGGCGGCCUAUCAGAGGAGCCUGAUGACCUCCGCUGACCCGCAGACGGCCUACCAGGGGAGGAGCCUGAUGACCUCCGCUGACCCGCCCGUCUACACCAACCUCAGCAGCUACCACCAGGGCCAGGCGCCUUCUGCUGGAGGGCAGGUAGCGUGCGGCGGCGGCGGCUCGGGACCCGGUGGACCACCUCAGCCUCACACCCGAGUCCUGGACGUCCCUCAGACCGUCCCCGAGGGGCCGCGCCCAUCAGGUGACCCCAUGACCCCCCCCUCCCUCUCCUCCAUCGACCUAGAGACGCAGGAGCGAAUCAAAGCCGAACGCAAGAAGCUCCGCAACCGCAUCGCCGCGUCCAAGUGCCGCAAGCGGAAGCUGGAGCGGAUCUCGCGGCUGGAGGAGAAGGUGAAGGUUCUGAAGAACCAGAACUCCGACCUGGCCUCCACCGCCUCCAUGUUGAGGGAGCAGGUCGCUCAGCUCAAACAGAAGGUCAUGAGUCACAUCACCAACGGCUGCCAGAUGUUGAUUAAACAGAUGCAGAUUUCCUCCUGUGUGCUGACAUGA